AUGACUGUUGUCACCGCAGAGCACGUUGCCAUCGCAGAGUUGAUCAUAUAUAUCCCAACGGCUUUGCUCACAAUCUGGGUGGUUCUCCGUCAUGGAUUUCACAAGCAGUUAGGCUGGAUUUAUUUGAGCAUCUUCUCGGGAAUCCGAGUUGGCGGAGCUGUUAUGGAGAUAUUGAGCACGAAGAACCCAAGCAAUGCAAAUGACAAAGAAUGGGCCGUGAUUUUGCAGUCUGUUGGACUGUCUCCACUUCUUCUGUCAACAUUGGGUCUGUUGAAACGAGUGUUUGACGAGACUUCGCAGCAUGUGCCAUCAAGCCCAGACUCCAAGCGUAAUACCUUUUUACAAGUAUUCUCAUCUUUUGGUGUUGCUGGCAGACUCAAGAUUGUUCAACUCUUGCAUCUCCCUGCUCUUAUUGCGCUGAUCCUUGCCAUCAGUGGUGGAACCGACCAGGCCUCGUCAAACAUCUCCGACCAUGCUAGUGGCAAAACCAAGACCCGUGUCGCAAUCAUCCUCUUCCUAGCCAUCUAUGUUGCAGCCUGCACACUAUGGACCAUCACAGUGCGGGAUAUUGGCCUCAUGGUAUCGAGUCAGAACCGAAUCUUCUUCUGUGUGCUCCUCGCACUGCCUUUCAUAGCAGUUCGGAUUCUCUACAGUCUGAUCAGUGACUUUGGAAGCAAUCAUCAAUUUUCGGUGGUCGACGGUGACGUCAGGAUUCAGCUGGCAAUGGCCACACUUGAAGAAUUUGUCGUUGUCUUGAUGUACACAAUCUUGGGUUUGAUCACGCCCAAGUCGGUCUCAAAUUCUGGCACCAAUUCCCGUCAACAAGAGACAUGCCAUAUGACAGAAGAGUCUGAAAAUGGCCGUCGUCAUAGACAUGCUGAUCGCCCUCCAUAUGACGAAGUUAUGUAUGCCCAGGCGGCGGCUCAGGAGGCCUAUAAUCAACAACAUAUACGGCGGUAG